UUCUCAUAAACGAUGUCCAUGUGCGUUGUGGUUGCGUUCGGAGAGGAGAGAGAUGGGUCCAUUGAAGUCUCUUGAGCGAGAUCAUCCUAUCAUCGAUCUCAAUUUCCAGCACUUCUGUUCAUCUCAGGGAAUUUUCUCAGUUGAAGACUUUCUUAUCUCCGACCUCCAUGUAUUAGCUGCUCUAGCAGAGCAACAACCUUCGUCAGAGAGGCUGAAGCAGGGAAUUACAGAAGUCUGUUGUAUCCUGGAUGGCCUACAUCAGCCAUGGAGGAAUGGAAUGGAGUUGUUGGAAGAUUCUCAACAGAAUAAGCAUGUGCUAGCUACAGGGAGUGAAAGGAUUGAUGCAUUGCUUCACGGUGGAUUACAUGAAGGACAUUUAACAGAACUAGUGGGUCCAUCAUCAUCUGGUAAGACACAAAUUUGCCUACAGGCUGCUUCGUAUGUCGCCAAAAGAUACAAGUGUGGGGUUGCAUAUGUGGACACUAGCAACUCCUUUUCUGCCAAGCGCAUUGCACACUUCGUAUCUCAGAACUCAUACAAUGGUGUUGAAAAGGUAGACUCUACCGAAAUGCAAAACAUAAUGGAGAGGAUAACAUGCUACUCUGUGUUUGACAUCUUCAAUCUGAUGAAUGUUCUGCAUCAAUUGGGUUCCAAUUUGAGAUCCCAGUUGAGGAGUAGUAAUGAGAUGCGGCUGCUUAUUAUUGAUUCAGUUUCUUCUCUCAUCUCCCCAACUCUAGGAGGUAGUGCUUCACAAGGGCAUGCUUUGAUGGUUUCUGCUGGAGUUUUUCUGAAGAAACUAGCUUUUGAGCAUAACCUUUCUAUAUUGGUGACGAAUCAUAUGGUUGGUGGAGAGGGAGGUAUCUCUAAGCCAGCGCUUGGAGAGAAUUGGAAGAGCAUCCCGCACGUUCGUUUACAACUAUACCCAGAAUGUGGAAGAAAAACUUGCUUCAUUAGAAUAUUGAGACACCCAUGCGUGGCUUCUGGUGAGGAGGCAUCCUUUUCGGUUGGUUGAUGGCUGAUUACUUUGUUGGAAGUUGACAAAAUUGAAUUGACGAGAUCAUAAAACCUUUGUUAGUAAGGUAAGAACAAGCAUUUGAUAGAAGCCCCACAUCAGACUGAUUCUGGGUCAUAAUAGAAUAUCUUCCUUUUUUUAAUGUGAUUAUAGAAAGUUGGUUUUACCUUUGUUAUUAUAUCUUUUUUGAGACCAAGAUAUUUAUUAGAGGCUUCAAUUAAUGUGCUUUUAGACGAA